GAUCACAAACUCCGUUUACUGGAAAACCCAACCCUUUAUUAGAGAAGUUCAAAAGCCGUCCAAAAUUUCAGAUCAAUAUAUAUAUAUAAAACCAAACAUUGUCAUUCGGAUUUCAUCAGCACUUCUCAUAUCAUAAAAUCAAACCACACUACUGAAAAUGGCAGAAUCAUCAUCAUCCAUCAAAAACAAAGCUGGUGCAAGCAAAUGCAGCAGCGACGAAGAAGAAAAAGUUGGAAACAUUGAUCUGGGGUUGUCAAUGAAAAACUUGAGUCUUGGCCCAAAAAAGAAGCUUUUGAUUAUGGGAAUCGGUGGAUUUCUUUGUCACAGAGUCUGUUAUCGUUACGGCAGACAAAAGAUCCCAACACAUCGUCUUCCUGAUGCAUCCUAUGGCAGUUUCUAUGUUUACAAGAGACCGUUCUGUGAGGACUUUAUGAAGUUCUGCUUAGAGAGGUUUGAAGUUGGUAUAUGGUCUUCAGCAAAAGAAUGGUACUUGGACAGUGCCUUGGAUUCUAUAAUGCAUGGAUUGAGAAGCAGACUUCUAUUUGCAUGGGAUCAAGGGGAGUGCACAAAGACCUGUUUCUUUGACUUGGAGAAUAAGAGCAAACCUAUUUUUCUUAAGGAGUUGAAGAAAGUAUGGGAAGGAAAUGGAGUUGGAAUUUUGAGGUCUUCCACACAAUUUUGUUCAUCCAAUACACUCUUAAUUGACAACGAGCCUUACAAAGUUUUGUUGAAUCCGCCUAACACUGCUAUAUUCCCAAACGAGUACAAGGCAGAUGAUACUAACGACGAUGCUUUAGGAGCUGGGAGUGAACUAAGACGUUUCCUUGAAAAAGUGGCCGACGCCAAAGAUGUUUCUAAUUUCAUCAAACACAAUCCAUUUGGAAACCCACCCAUUUCUCCACAUCAUCCUAAUUGGGACUUUUAUUCCAAAAUCAUUACUAGUUACAAGUAAUAAUUAGUACCUAUAUCAUUUCCUUUUUUAUUAAUGUUAAUUCACAUGCAAUAUGCUUAACUUAUGAACUCAGUAGUUUCUUUUGGUAAGUUUGGAAUUUCGUGAUCAUCUAUUCUGCUUAUUUUAUUUAGUAGUAUCAACGAACAUGUUUUCUCUCCGUAUAUAGAAGAUUGCUGCAUGAGGUUGAGGCUUCAAA